GCCGAAGGACGCUUGGUGGGUGAUCCAAAAUCAACUGCGUACAAAAUUAAUCAGAAGAAUUUAAACAAAUCUGCUUGUGUUUCAUGUGAGUCUUUUUGUGUCAAAAAAGGUGCAAUUCGUGAAAUCGUGAGCAUUAUCUUGAAAGUUGAUGAGGAUAACGAGGCGUGUACUGUAACUUUGUAGACCAGUGUGCUCUGUUACUUUUGUUCUUGGCUUCCGAACUCGGCACCCAAAUACUUGCGACGGCGUGUUGCUGCUGGUGUUUUAUGUGAGCUGGCCGUCGAUAAAGAGGUGGCUGAAAUGAUUGAAGCUGAGGGCGCUACGGCACCGCUUACGGAGCUGCUUAAUUCUGCCAAUGAAGGUGUUGCUACGUAUGCCGCAGCCGUUCUGUUCAAAAUGAGCGAAGACAAAUCGAUGGACUACAAGAAGCGUUUCUCUAGUGAGCUAACCACCUUACCCGUUUUCCGUGACGAUAAUAUCUGGAACAAUGGCGAUCUCGGAAUUGGCCCAGACUUGCAGGACAUUCUUUCACCGGAACAAGCCUAUGAGGGUCUAUAUGGACAAGGUCCUGCAAGUGUGCACAGUUCGCACGGUGGUCGUGCAUUCCAACAAGGAUACGACACACUUCCCAUAGAUUCGAUGCAGGGUCUGGAGAUCGGUGGAGGCAAUACCGUAGGUAACGGUGUGCCAGUAGGCAACCAACAGCAAUCUGUCGCAGGAGGAGGUCACACGAGCAUGUCCUCCUCGGGACAGCCUACGUCGCCGUACGGAAUGGAUAUGGACGUCGGUGAGAUGGACGCUAGCGAACUGAACUUCGAUCAUCUGGAUGUCAUGCCAUCGCCGCCCCAGGACAACAACCAGGUGGCUGCCUGGUACGAUACCGAUCUCUGAACACUGCGCCCUUUUGAAAUCCAACCCAGCACCAGCAUUUGGUUCUAUUUGCUGCCAACGCCUCGUUCGCACAAGAAAAGUCGAUCUGACACUCGCUGGGCACAGUGAGGCCACAUCCACACGUUCCCGCUGGCUAGGGAUUAUUCACGUAUAUUAAACAAUUUUUGAUGCUGAUGCAUGAUUUUGCUUUAUAUUUGUUGACAAAAUGAUGUUUUUUUCUUUUAACAACAAAAUAUUGUAAAACAUAGUUUGUCUAUUACUUUUUUAUAGCGUAAUAUAAAGCUGCCCAAUAAGGUGCAUACUACUUCGUCGUCGAAAUAGCUUGAUUUUGCGCUCGCUAUGGUGGUAAAUUUUAAUUUUAUAACAAGCAACAAAAACACAUAUAUUCAUUAGAUUUAAACAAAUGAAAAAAGUAAAUCUCACAAAUGAAACCACCAUCGGUUAAAACGGAAACAGACCGCGAAAUUUAUUCUUUACUAUUAUAUACAUAAGCAUUAUAUACGAACAAGCGCGAACAUGUAGGUUAUAUUAUAACAUUUUUUGUAUUUUUAUUUUAGAUUGAUCGGUUAAAUUUUUGCUUCGUUUUGUGCCGUUUAGCGUAUACUUUCAAUUGCGGUCACGGCUGGCGUAAUCGUUUUAAGGUUAUCUAUCGUUAAACAUUCUAAACAAUUUUUCAGAUUUUUAUAAUUAAACAAUUAUUUCGUAUUCGUAUUUAGUUUCACAUUUCGAAUUUGAAGAUAUCCGUUUUUCGUUUUGAAAUGUGUUUUUAAUCUAAGAAAAACGGACCGGGCCGUAUUUAUGUUUUAAAUCUUUAACUGAACCGAAAAACAAGAAAAAUAUAGGAUACAUUUUGCAGAAAAAUGCAAUUGAAUUUUAUAAAAUAAGUGCUUCCAAGAAAUCAGAUUGAAAUAAAGCGGCCACACCCUCAAUGCCCCCAACUCUUUUGUAGAAGAAG